CCCGCCGCACGUGUGACAUUUCGGAUUGCAUAUUUUUCAAUCAAAUCAACUGACAGCCGAAACAACUGAACAACUAAAUGGGUAAAAAGAAGGAAAAGGCCGAAAAGCUGGCCAAGAAGGCCUCGAAGGCUUCGAUGGAGGAGGCCUCCACCUCGUCGCCGGCCACCAAGGGCACCACGGCCGGCGGCACCGAUCCGGAGAGCGGAAUCUGGCGCGAUGCCCGCUUCCAGCACCUCUUGGAGGAUCCCCGGUUCAAGGGUGUUCCCAAGGUGCAGCGCAAGGUGAAGAUCGACAAGCGCUUCAAGGGCAUGUUCACCGACGACAAGUUCAAGGUGAAGUACACUGUGGACAAGUACGGUCGCCCGGUGAACAAGAGCAAUUCCGAGGAUUUGCGCAAGUUCUACGAGCUGGACGAGAAUGAGAGCGACAGUGACAGUGAUGGUGAGAAGCUGGCCAAAAAGAAGUCCGAUUCCGACACCGACUCCGAGGCGGAGGCGGAGCAGCAGGAGCGCCGUGCCGAGGAGCUGGCCAUCGCCAACUUGAAGAAGAAGCAGCAGAAGGACGACCUGGGCAACGAUGCCCUGGACAGCGAUGGUUACGAGGUGCCCAAGAGCCUGCGCGAGCGCCUGACCAAUCCGGAGAUUGACUACGCCCGCGGAGAGGGCCGCCUGUUCACGGAUUCCUCCUCCUCCGAGGAAAGCGACGACGAGGACGGCGACGGUGGCCCAGAACUGCAGAUAGACCAUGUGUGGGGCGAGCUGGACAACGAUGCCGAGCACACCGAGGAGAGCACCCGCCGCCUGGCCGUCUGCAACAUGGACUGGGACCGCAUCCGUGCCGAAGACCUAAUGGUCCUGCUGAGCUCCUUUCUGCCGCCCGGCGGCAGCAUCGUCAGCGUGAAGAUCUACCCCUCGGAGUUCGGCAAGGCGCGCAUGGCCGAGGAGGAGGUGCACGGCCCCAAAGAGCUGGUGGAGCGCAAGGAAGAGCCGGAGGACGACUCCGAUGAGGAGCUGGUACGUGAGGAUGACAGCGAUGCGGAGGAGGGCGAGGACUACCACAUGGAGAAGCUGCGCCAGUACCAGCUAAAUCGCCUUCGCUACUACUACGCCGUUGUGGAGUGCGACAGCGUGGCCACGGCCGACAAGGUGUACCAUGAGUGCGAUGGCAUCGAGUACGAGAGUUCUGCCACCCGCGUGGAUCUGCGCUUCAUUCCGGACGACACCACGUUCGAGGAGGACACUCCGUCGGACGAAUGCCACGAGCUGCCGGACGCCAGCAGCUACAAACCGCGCCAGUUCACCACCACGGCGCUGCAGCAGGCCAAGGUGGAUCUUACCUGGGACGAGACAGCGCUGGACCGUCGUGAGCUGGGCGACAAGCUCUCCAGCGGCCAGGUAGACAAACUCACGGACAAGGAGCUACGCAAGAUAGUGGCGUACAGCAGCGAGGAGGAGGAGGAAGAGGAGGAGGACGACGAUUCCGAGGAGGAGGCGCCCAAGGCGGAGGAGGCAGCUCAAGAGGUCAAGGCCAAGAAGCUAUCGAAGAAGGAACGCAUUGCCACCUACAAGAACCUUCUGGCCGACAUUUUGCAGCAGGAAAAGCAGGAUAAGGAGCAGAAGUACGAGAUGGAAAUGACCUGGAACGUGGAGCCCCAGCAGGAAGAGGAGAAGCCAGUGAAGCCAGGCCCAGCCGCCGAACUCACGCCCAUCGAAAAGGUGAUGCAGAAGCGCAGCGAGAAGAACAAGCAGCGCAAGGAGCAGCGUCGCCAGCGCCAGAUAGAGGCCAGUGGAGGAGAUCCCGGGGAGGACAGCGAUGCCUCCAUGGUGCCCGAUGGCAUCGACUUGAACGACGCCUACUUCGCCGAGGAGUUUGCCAAUGGUGACUAUGAGCCCCCAAAGACAAAGAAGGACAAGAAGAAAAAGAAGAAGCGCAACAAGAACGAUGGAGAGGAGGAUGCAGAGGCUAAGCAGAAGGAGAUGGAGUUGGAACUACUCCUCGACGACGGCGAUGGACGCGACGUGAAGCAGCACUUCAGUCUGACCAAAAUCCUCAAGCAGGAGGAGCAGGAAACUGGCGGCUCAAAGCGCAAGCGCCGCCAGCAGUUGAAGAAGUCGAAGAACAAGCCACAGGAAUCAGAGAAGCCGGACGAUGACUUCCAGGUGGACCUGAACGAUACGCGCUUCAAGGCCGUCUACAAGUCGCACGAGUACAACAUCGAUCCCACCCACUCCCACUACAAGGCCACCAAGGGCAUGCAGCAGAUCAUCGGCGAGAAACUAAAGCGCAGGAAGGAGCAAGUGGAGGGCGGCGCUGUCAACGGCGAUGCGGAUGGGGAGGAGCCAGUGGCCCCCAAGCGCAGCAAGCAGCAGCUGGAGCAGUCCGCCCUGGUCAAGAACAUCAAGCGCAAGAUCCAACUGCUUGGGGAGAAGCACUAGGGGAUUAAUUUACUAUAGGUUGUAAACCAUAAAAGGAUAAUUUUAUGAGUGCUAAGACUGUUUUGGUUAAAGGAAGGGAAAUAAAUACUGCCAUUGUCCAGUAAUGUUUGUGGUUAA